UGGACAGGGUGCCCAGAAUCCAGGAAAACCGAGAAUAAUCAGAGAAUUUCGUCUAUUGGGCAAAGUCAGGGAAUUAUGAUGGAGAACGGUGAAAAACGUAAUUUUUUAUAAAUAGUUUUCAAUUUCAACUAUGCUUCGUCAAUUCAGCUAAGCUAACAUUCGGAAAUGACAUUGUUCAAUUUGUAAUUAUUUAUGUGAAACGAAACCCCCCUGUUCUUGAAUCCAAAUUUAUAUAUUUCAGGUGCAUAAUUUCUGGAGCUUUUGGUCAUAAAAGCCAACUAAAGUGACCUAAGGUUUGUAGAAAAAGAUCAGGGAAUUUUUAAUUUUUCGACGGGAAAAGUCAGGGAAAAGUCUAGAAUUUUAUUUGAGCAAAAUUGCCGCUACCCUGUCGGAGUUUAAAAAAUCAGUGUAGCGUGGCUGCAAAUUUCCUGAGACAUGCUUAUCGCAUCUUAAGAUAUUCAUAAUGUCUUCUUUUUUAAUUCGUGGCUAUAUCCCCUUAGGGCAAGUGCUAAUGAUUUGUUGCUUCACAAAACUUUCACAAGAAUAUUGAAUACUCAGCAUGGACUAUAGUUAAUCAAUUGCAAUGGCAUUAUACAAGAAUGCAAUAAUAUGGUUAUAGCUCCGAGUAUGAAUGCUGGACAUAAGGGAUAUAAGUCUACCUGCAUAAGAUUGUGUGGGGCCUUGCUUAAUUAUUUUGAAUAUUUUAAGUCGACAGUUUGCAACUUUCUCAAAGAACUCAAAUCACACUGAUUUGCAUGUGUAUAUAUACAUACAUAUAUCAGUGCCCGGGAUGCCUCGCGAAUCGUGCAUGAAACCAAUGUUAGAACUACACAAUUUAUGGACAAAACUGGUGACCCCCCCCACCUCCCGAGUUUUCAGACCUGUAAGUACGACCGUGCUCUAGACUGAUCUGUACCAUCGGUGAAAAAGUAGUCUAUGCCUGGAAUAGCGUCCAGUAUGGCUGUCAAUGAUAAUUUACAAUAACGUGACUGUGUAACACUUAAUAUUCGUUCGAAAAAAGAUGAAUUCAUUGCAGCAAGUGAAAUCACUAUAAUCAAAGAAUACUUUGCUUUACUUUAUAGCAUUUCUGUAGACCUUUAGUUCCAAACUUCUGUGAAUGGUCGUAGCCUAACCUAGAUUAUAAACGUUAUAAGCCGCAUUUUGUGAAGUAUUUAAACAAAAUAACGUAUUUAUACAUUUUUUUACUUUGAUAUAAUUGAAAUGUCCGACGACGAGGACCUUGUUUAUGUAAAAAAGCAAAAAACUGUGCAUUAUGGAUCCCUUGAGGAAGCUGAACGUGCCCGGCUCACAGCUACGACUGCAGAAUCUUCAGAUGAGGAAAGAGAUCAUAAUAGGAGUCCAUCAGAUACGCCAACAACUGCUGCUGCCCUGGGCAAUGUGCACAUAUCAAAUGAAUACAUGGAACUUGAAGAUGAGAUGUCUAAAGACAGGCAAGCUUUGCUCGAAGAAUUUGAGCGGAGAAAAAAAGCCAGGCAGAUUAAUGUUUCCACCGAUGAUUCGGAAGUGAAAAACAAUCUGCGCCAAUUAGGGGAACCAAUUUGUUUGUUUGGUGAAGGCCCAGCAGACAGAAGGUCCAGGUUGAGAGAAUUAUUGGCUAGCUUAGGUGAAGACGCUAUUAAAAAAAAACAUGAGGACGAGGAGCGGCCAUUGCAUCAGACAGAACGAGAUGCGGAAUCAACUUGGUACCACGAAGGACCAGAUUCCCUUCAAAUUGCCCGCUCGUGGAUAGCAUCGUAUUCACUUCCCAGGGCAAGAGAUCGGCUUGAAAAAUCUAGAGAAGAAUUAGAGCUUCCAGGGGCUACACGUACUGCACGUCGGCAGGAACUUCUGAAAAAAUUACAAGCUCUCAGCAUUUAUUGCUCCCAAAUUGGAGACAGCCGUCCCAUAUCAUUUUGCCAAUUCAGUCCGAAUUCAAAAUUACUGGCAACAUCUUCCUGGUCUGGGCUUUGCAAAAUUUGGUCUGUACCUGAAUGCUCAAUUGCCAGAACCCUCAGGGGCCAUACCUGUAAUGUAAGUUGUAUUGUUUUCCAUCCGAAUGCAACACUCACUGAAGACAUGCUGGGAGAAAAUGCGUCGCCUACAUGUGUUCUAGCAAGUUGUGCUUCAGACGGAAGUGUUAAGCUGUGGGGUGGAGGCAAAAAUGAAGAGCCGUUAGCAGAAGUUGAAGGUCAUGAGCCCCAUAGAGUAUCAAGGAUUGCAUUUCAUCCAUCGGGUCGCUUUUUAGGAACCUGUUGCCACGAUGCUUCUUGGCGACUGUGGGAUCUGGAACAACAAGCUGAAGUUUUGCAUCAAGAGGGUCAUGCCAAGGCAGUACAUUGUAUAAGUUUCCAAUGUGACGGCAGCGUUGUUGCUACGGGAGGCCAUGAUUCCUUUGGCAGAGUUUGGGACCUGAGAACAGGCCGCUGUAUCAUGUUUAUGGAGGGUCAUUUGAAAUCUAUUUUCGGAGUUGAUUUUUCGCCUAAUGGUUUUCACCUGGCUACUGCAAGCGAGGAUAAUUCGUGCAAAAUAUGGGACUUAAGAAAAAGAUCGUGUAUUUACACUAUACCGGCACACACCAAUUUAUUAUCAGACGUGAAGUAUCAGCGUACUGAAGGGCAGUAUUUGGUCACGGCAUCGUAUGACAAUACUGCGAAAAUUUGGUCCAACAAAACAUGGCAACCGUUGAAGACAUUGCCAGGACAUGAUGGCAAAGUAAUGUGCUGCGACGUUUCUCCUGACCACAAAUUUAUAGUCACAAGCUCAUAUGAUAGAACAUUUAAGCUCUGGGCACCUGAAAACAUGUGAAAUAAAAAGAAAAUAUUUGCUAUAAAUCCUGUAAAUGCCCAUUGUCUUUAGUGAAAAUUUUCAGUGACUGUUUCUCCUGUUGUAAGUAGAAUCGACUGAACAGAGAAACACGGGAUACCAUGUUAAGGAAAUUAAAUCUAUGACUGUUGAAAAUUCAUGAUGAAACAUUGUUUUAUCGUUGUACUGUUGUACGGGUAACAAUGUUUGUGGUGUAUUCUGUAUGAUUUGCAGUAUCAAACGAUGUGGUGAGUAUAUUCAGAGCGCUGAAUACUAUUUCUGAGAUGGAAAACUUUAUAAUUUGAUAAUCAGAGUUGCAGGCGAUCAAACGUGCACGACAGAGGAUAGAAGAAGGCAGGCUUAAUUGCAGGCAAACUCAGCUAGAAGCUGGUGACAUGCGUCAUUUUUAACAAAAACGUGCGAUUUUCUCAGAAACAUCUAUAAUCAAUCCAUUUGUAUAACGCCGAAUCAGCUUAAUGUGGCCGAAUGAAAUUAAUACAAAUAAACACCAAUAUUUAUCUUUCAG